ACAGCGGCGGCGACUGCCAGAAAGCCCAUCCGUCAAGUAGCGAGCUUUGUCAUUGAGAGUAAUUCAGUCAGUGAGUGAACUUCGACGUAGGAGGCCGUCAUUGAGUUCCGAUCGGGUUUCACAGAACCUGCUAAAGGUUGACUUCUAAGGAUUCUGCAUCUCAACCGUGUUCCAUCAUGAGGUUCCCGACCGCUGUUUUCAUGGCUGCAUUCGUGGCUGUGGCCGUGACUCAAGAAACCACCACCAAGGGUACGACAGAAGCACCGCCGACGACUUCUACAACGGCUGCGACGACCACCUCGUCGACGGCUCCGCCAACGACCCAGGCCCCGACGACUCAGGCCCCGACCACCCAUGCCCCGACCACCAGUGCCCCAACUACGCAUGCCCCAACCACCCAUGGCCCCACUACAACACCUGCUCCUCCGAAGCCGAGGGAGGCAACGCUCGGGAACUACACACUCCAGAACGGAGCGGAGGUUUGCGCCGUGGUCCUGGCGAGGAUUGUUGUCACCCAGAACGCCACCAGCUACCCAUUCGUCAACGGGAGCUUAGUGAGGAAAGGCUCAAGCUGUGACGAUUCCCAGGUCACCUUGUGGAUCGAGUCUGCGGAUGACUACAAACUCCAGAUCGUCAUCGGACACGAUGCUUCAAACUUCUUCGUCAAAUCGCUCUCGGUUCAGGCGUCCAGCCUCGUCGCCGACAGAGAUAACCUCACUCAAUUCUCAACGCCAAUGAAGCAAUACUACAAGUGCCAAAGCGCAUCCGAAGUUUCUCUCGGUGAAGAGAAUGUCAAGCUCAUCUUUUCCGAGCUGAAAUACCAAGCCUUCCAGAGGGAGAAGAGCGCCGCCUUCGUCGGAUCGCAGCUCGAGUGCGUGUCGGACUAUCACUCCGAUGUGGUGAUCAUCGCCAUCGGCUCAGCUCUCGCUAUUCUCGUCGUCGUGAUUCUUGUUGCUUACCUGAUUGCGCGAAGGAAGAACAGGCAGCGUGGAUACCAGAGCGUCUAAGCGACCCUUAGAAUUUGCGUCCGGUAUCGGAAAUCGAGCAAGGCAGGAGUGAGAUUCGGCGAACUCGAUCUCUGGCUCGGGUGCCGAUCAUGAACUAGAGGAAAUCAGUCGUUUCUGAAGUCAGAUUAUGCAGAUAUAUUCUUCCUCGACUUGCGCCUGACGGGCUGCGGCGCACGGCGGCUGCAUUUCGAGGGAAACUGUGCUCGUUGAGUGUCGCCGAUGAAAUACAAGAACAUACUUUUCGGGAGCUUACAUGAUUCAUAGACGCGAGCUCUGAAGCUGAGAUUCCAUCGGAAUUUUCCUACGAUGCAAACAGUGUGGGAAACGGCGUAGCACAGUUCGAACCACAAAAUACUUAAGGAUAUAUUCUGUUUUCACCGCGGGAGCUCAUUUCCACGAACUGCAUAUAAUGCCUUAACACAAAUUAGAGAUCGGUCGGCGGGAGCCAGAUUCCUCAAUGUAGUGGGGAAGGAUCGUCGCGGAGUAGUCUUUAGGUACGAGAUAGCAUGAUCGGUGUAGCGCCAAGCGGGUACCCAGGGGAGCGGUAUGAUCACAGAUGUAUAUCGUCGAAGGAGGGGGCUGAAUUUGAUCUGAGACAAAACUUCACGAGACCCAUGAUACAAAUCCACUUCUUACCCUAUUCGAUGAGGAACAGAUGAAUUAGAAUAAAGAGAAAGGUUAUUUUC